CCGACAAUUAGUGCAAGAGUAUCAAAACUUACCUAUCGAAAAAUCAAUAUUUACCUGUAUCAAACGACGCUGUAUUAUUUCAUUAUUUUUUCACGCGGUAAAUUAUUAUUCUGGACCAAUAUUAAUGUCUUAAUUUCUGGAGUACUUUAGCUUUGUUUUUUGGAUCUUUCUUUGUGAAAAGUGAAAAGGUAACAACAUUGUCAUUUGUCGCAUCAAUAUGGCCGACGCGAACUUCCGAUUACAUUCAUUCCAACCGGUGGAGAAACUAUUCCGGUGAUUCUUCUUUUAUGGAUGUAUGUUUUUAAAUUUGAUUUAUAAGAGUUUCGAAUAUGAAGUCAAAAGUUUUGGUCUAAAAGUGAAAAUGGAAAAGAAACGUGCGGCCAACCUUCAAUUUGUCCUGUGGAUUGCCGUUUAUUUACAGUGUGUGAAAAGUGAAGAACCGCCAUUGUACUUCUCUCGAGAACCAGAGUGUGGAUCAGCGGUGGCAGAGAGAGGGGUCAAGAUAUUGACUUGUCAGUCAUACAGUAACCCUGCCCCCGCCUACCGCUGGCUAAGGGAGGGAACCUAUGUUAGCCAGGAGAGCCUUAGUGGAACCUUCAAAAUGUACAGCAUCAAUCGUACAGAGGCAGGCAGCUAUCGGUGUCAGGCAACCAACAGUCUGGGCUCAAUCAUCAGUGACAGUUGCAGAGUGAAUGUAGCAUAUUUGGACCCACUCACUUCAGUGCAAGAUGAGACAGUAAAUGUCCAAAGAGGACAUGGGUUUAAAAUUCAUCUCCCCUCUUUUAAAUCUUAUCCAUUUCCACCCACUGUGGAAUGGCAUCGGAACUCCAACAUCAUGGCGGAUGAAGGCCCCAAUCAUCAAGUGACCCUCUCCGAAGACCUGGUGCUCCUGGACACUGAGACUGGUGAUGAUGGGCAUGUGUACCAAGCAGAGAUUUUGAAUGGGCUGAAUGGAGAGACAAGCACCACGCAAUCUUACACAAUAAAAGUGUCAGAUUUAGGAGGUUCUUCAAACAUUGGACCAGAAAUGAUAGUCAGUCCCAAAGACACAACAGCAAACCAGGGGGACUACACAGUGGACUUUGAAUGCAUUGUCAAUGCUAGACCUAUAAGUUAUUUAAGCACAAAGUGGUACAGAGUUGAAGAUGGAACGGAGACAGAGCUUGUUCAGAACUCCAAGUACCUGUUAUCUGGGGGAUACCACAGAAUCCUUACCAUUAAAAGUCCAGAAACCAGUGAUACAGGAUUGUACCGCUGCAAGGCAUCUUACAGUGGCCAGACCUAUCCACCAGUCAUCUUGGAUGCCAAUCUUACUGUAUAUGAGAGUCCGGUGAUCAUAUCUCAGAUCGAGACCCAGUAUGUACGAGACUUUAGUCAGAACAUCACCAUUCACUGUCAGGGCCAGGGCACUCCUGCCCCCACCAUGUUGUGGUACUUCAACUCCCAGCUUGUGCAGUCCACGGAGAAAAUUACAGUGUAUCCUAAUGGAACCUUGUCCAUCACAUUCCUGGAUAUGACAGACUCUGGGGUCUAUAUGUGCUUUGCCAGGAAUGAGGCAGGAGAAACAAAGAAGGCCACAUGGAUUAAAGUCAACAGUUCUCCCCCAGAAAUAAUAAACAAGCCUGACAACUUGACAAUCACGGAGGGAAGUAAUGCCAGACUUCCUUGUGAAGCUACAGGGGCCCCCAAGCCGACUGUGUCAUGGAGAAAAAUGACAAGCAAUGGCCCUGUUGAUGUUGUGAGUGAGGGGAGGAUCCAGAUUCUAGACAAUGGACAGCUGUUGAUUACCACCACUGUGUCCACAGACUCUGGACACUACAUGUGUAAUGCAUCCAACAGCAGAGGCAGCCAAACCGCAGAAGCCUUCCUGGAAGUUUAUGUGAGAACAAUCAUAACGCAACCUCCCUCCAAUACCUCUGUCAUCAAGGGCUCCUCUGCUGCCCUUCAGUGUGGGGUAUCUAAGGACCCUAAUGUGGAGGUUAGUUGGCACUGGUUCCUGACCCAGUCUGAUCCCCCGUCAACUAUGGAGGUCACCAACUCUGCCCGCCACACGGUCAGCUCCAUUGACGGCACCCUGACCAUCACCGGGGUGUAUAACGUAGACAUUGGGUGGUACCGCUGUCAAGUCAUCUCCAAGGGAGGCAACGAUAGCAGAUCAGCCUUCUUUCAAGUCACAGAGCUGCCCCAUAAACCGGUGGUGACCAGUGUGCUACAUAACCCGUCAGAUUUACGUAGCAUCAAUGUGUCAUGGAGUCCAGGCUUUGACGGCAACAGUCCCAUUCAAAGACUUAUUCUACAGUAUAGGAAAGUGGAUUAUAUACCUGAUAAAGGGAUUGUGGAUAGGGACCCAUGGAAUGUAUUCAAUAGCAAUGUUCCCCCAAGUGCAAGGUCAAUGAUUGUUAAUGGUCUACGGCCCGCCAGGUAUUUCCAGGUCAUCAUCAGUGCUGUAAACUCAGUUGGGGAGGGGUCUCCCAGUGAUCCAAAACCAGUGCCACCAAUCAGAAUGCCAGAGCAAGCACCAUCAAGUCCUCCAAAAGGAUUUUACGGCACUCCCAGAUCCAACUCCUCUAUCAUGUUGUUGUGGCAGGCACCCUCGGAAGACACAUGGAAUGGAGACCUGAGGGGAUACAUGAUCCGAUACAAGCUUACAAACUACCCAGACAGCACCUACCAGAGUGUCAAUACCACGAAUCCACUGGUCACCACCUACGAACUGACCAACCUUAUCAUCUUUCAGUCUUACGAAUUCCAAAUAGCUGCGUAUAAUAAUGAAGGAGUGGGCGUUUUUUCUAACACCAUCGAGGAAAGGACAAUGGAGGGUCAGCCCACCAGACCGCCAAAAAACGUUCAGGUUGCUCCUCAAAACUCCACUGUCAUAAGAGUCUCGUGGCAGCCUGUAGAUGCUGCGUACAUUAAUGGGGUGGCUCUAGGUUAUAAAGUGAAGGCUAGGAGGCAGGGGCAGUCAUCAUAUGAGAGGGAACUGUCUGUUCCACCAGAUCCAAACAAUCCAAUCGGGGAGCAGUCAGUAAACAUGUAUGACAUGAAGAAGUAUACUUCCUACUCUGUGGAGGUUCUGUGUUACACAGGGGCCGGAGAUGGACCAUCUAGCUUACCAGUGUCUGUUAGGACUGAUGAAGAUGUUCCUGGAAAAGUGUCUUCUCUGCACUUUGAGGAUAUCAUGGACACAUCUCUUAAAGUUGUUUGGAGUCGCCCUACAGAAGUCAAUGGUAUUCUCCAAGGGUACACCCUUCAAUGGGAGCAGAAAAAUAAGACUCCCACGAAACAGGAGGUUAACUUGAAUAAUGGGGCCACCUCUUACACCAUCAGGAACCUGAUGCCAACCACUAACUACACCAUUUACCUGUUUGCUAAAACUGCAAAGGGGCCUGGUGCAGUCAGUUCAGCAGAUAUUGAGUCUGGAGUCCCACCAGAACUUCCCAAACCUCCAGAACAGCUUGGAGUGAGUGAUGUUCAAGCCAGAUCAGUGGUUAUCCAGUUUUUCCCCGGCUUCGACGGCAAAACCUCAAUAACAAACUGGGUUGUUGAGGCUCAAGAGGGAGGUUCUGAGAAUUGGCAAGAAAUCUACAGAGUUUCAGCUCCAGAUGCAACCUCCAUUACUGUGUAUAACCUCACCCCAUUUACUCAGUAUAAGAUGAGGAUUAUAGCUGUUAAUAUUGUGGGUCCUAGCAUGCCAAGUGAACCCACUCGACAGUUUCAAACAAGCCAGGAUUCCCCUAAUUUUCCCCCUGGAGAAGUUACCCUGAGAGCAGUCAAUUCCACAGCACUGAGGAUUAGUUGGGCUCCUCUCUCCUCACAAGACUGGAAUGGGCAACCUAAAGGCUACAGGAUUAUGUACCGUCAUGAGAACAGUUCUGUGUGGAAGAGUGUCAACCUGACACUUGAUAGAGAUUUCUUCAUUCUCAGUGGUCUACAGGAAUGGAUGGUGUAUGAGGUUAAAAUGCAGUCCUACAAUGAUGUGGGAAACAGUGCCUUUAGUCCAGAGCAGCAAGAAAGGACUAGAGAUGCCAGACCAAGCGCUGGACCAGAGUCUGUAGAUUGUAGGACAAAUUCCUCCACCAGUAUUAGAUGUACAUGGGGUGAUGUCCCCUAUCUGGAUCAAAAUGGAAUCAUUCUAGGAUACAAGGUGCAUUAUCAGGACCAGUCGUCCUCAGGCUUAGAGCCAGCAGUUUUAACCUUGGUAGGAAAUGAGACAAAGUCUGUCCUUAUCGGUGAUCUGAGAAAGUAUGUCAGCUAUGAAAUCCAAGUGCUUGCUUACACCAGAAUGGGGGACGGAGAGCUGAGUGAGCCUCCGGUUCAACAGAAAACACUGGAUGAUAUCCCUGGGCCACCAGUAAGACUUUGGUUUCCAGAUGUGACCUCUAACACAGUGAAAAUCAUGUGGUCUCCGCCACUGGAACCCAAUGGAAUCAUCACUGGGUACAUGGUAUCCUACAGGAGGGACGAUACCUCGUUCGUGUACAACAGCUCUGUCAUUGUGGCUUCACAGCUAGAGUACCAUUUCAGCUCUUUAGAGAACAACAAGUAUUAUUCCUUUAGCGUGAGGGCCAAGACUCGUCGAGGGUGGGGAAUUGGUGCCAAGGCCAAAGUCUACACAACUGUCAAUAGACGAGUACCUGACAGUCCUACAAAGCCAACAAUAAUGUCAGACCGCAGGGCGCGGUCCCUAACCAUCAGUUGGUUGUCAGGUUUUGAUGGCUACGGCCCUCUGAGAAACUACACCAUUCAGUACAGGAAAAAAGGAGCAGCUUGGACCUACGUCCCAGACUCACCUCUGGCUAAUGUCUCCACAUUCAAUGUUACCAACCUUCAUCCCAAUACCGUGUACACAUUUCGAGUGGCUGCCAACAAUGAUGUUGGAUCCAGUAACUUUAGUGCUGCCUCUGAUGAAGCCACAACACUCCAAGAUAAACCAGAGGGUGCUCCACAGAAUGUAGUAGUUGUCCCCCUAACCCGAGACUCUCUCAAUGUGUCAUGGCAGCAUCCUCCUCCCUCCACUUGGAAUGGAAACAUCUUGGGUUAUAUAAUACAAUAUCGUCAACAAAGCAUGUCAAGUUUCCAGGACAAAACUGUUACCUAUACAACUACUUCAACAGUGCUGGACAAUCUGGUCAAAUUCACCACAUAUGAUAUCCGUAUCAUGGCCUUUAACUCUAUAGGAGACGGGCCACACAGUACGCCCCACUCUAUAUAUGUCGGUGAUGCAGCACCCUCAGCUCCCCCUGUUGGGGUACGUGUGACACCCAAGAAUGCCACAGCAUUAACUGUCAAAUGGUAUCAACCCCCUGUUGACACUCAGAAUGGAAAGUUGUCAGGAUACAAGGUAAUCUACUGGAAGACAGGCUUGGGGUCAAAGCCUAGCACCCCCACUGUGGUACCCGAGACAGAGAUGGUCAUCUAUAACCUGGAGAACUACUCCAACUACACGGUUCGAGUACUGGCCUACAACACGGCCGGGGACGGACCCUACAGUCAGCAGGUGUUUGGACGCACAGAGCAGUGGAAACCUGGCAAGCCACGCUCUCUUGAUUUCUUCAACAUCACAAUGACUUCUUUGAAUGUCACAUGGGAACCACCCUCAAAUCCAAAUGGAAUUAUCAAGUUCUAUGGACUCACCUACAGAUCACAUGCUGAUAACCGUGUGGUAACUCUGUCUGACUUGAGUGGUAAUCAGACCUACUACUGGGUCGACAAACUGGAGGAGAAUGUCACCUAUACUUUCACUGUGGUCGCCAAAACUAUAGUGGGGCCAGGGCCAGAAAGGGAGAAUAGCAUUAAAACUGGACCCCAGACAGAGUCUCCUGAACCUCCCCGGAAACCAUCUGUCCAGAUCUCCAAGGGACAGGUGCACCUGGCAUGGGAGAACCGGAGCCCAGGGACCUCGCCUAUCAUUGGCUAUUACAUUCAAGCAAGAAGUAUGGCUGAGAGUCCCUGGAAGACAAUCCAGUACAAGCACUCCUCUGAGCCGCGCACCAGUCUGUCCUGGCCCAGCGACUGUGCGUUCUCUGGACGCUGUCAGUUCAGUGUGGUGGCCUUCAAUUACAAGAGCAUCAGCUAUCCCAGUCCUCCCUCGGAAUUCAUUAGUUCAGCUCAAGUGUCUGGUCUGGAGGAGGAGAGACCGUUCCAUUACGAGUGGUGGUUCCCGGUGAUCGUGGCUCUCGGUGCGGUGGUUGUCAUACUGGUCAUCAUCUCACUGCUCUGUCUGGCCGCCAGGAACAAGAAAGAUCCCAAGAAAUCUUCAUCUCAGUCGAUGUCAACAGUGUUGGAGCCAUUUGAGCCCGAGGAAGGAGGAUUUGCUACCACAGAAAUCCGACAGUCUAGACGGAGUUUAGCACGAAUUGGGAAUGGUACAUUAAGAAGCCAGCACAGCAGGGGUCCACCACGUCCUAGUCCGGCUAGCGUCACAUACUCAGAGGAUUUGGAGGGAGCAAAAGGACCACUUCCUGAUUCUGAUGAUGAUGGAAGUAGCAGUACCACAGAGAAACCAUCAAACCUGGGAGAUUCUACAGAGCCCAGUGAUGAUGAAAGUGAUAUCACAGAGAAGCAUUCCUCCUUCCAUCCCCCAUCCUCCCCUCCUCCUCCCCCGUUCAGGAACAGAAACCCCACCAACCAUCCUUAUGCCAACGACCAAGUCAGUCGGUCGUGGCAGAACUCGCAACCGAAUCACAUGAACUUUAAUGCCUACACUUACACGGACAGUGAGGCAGAAAGCAGUCAUUAUGCAAUGAGUCUGAAUGGAGGUCAGGUGAUCUUGAACAAUGCGGCGGGCUCCAGGGCCCCUCUUCCUGGCUUUUCCUCCUUUGUCUGACCGCCCACGUAAUGUGUAGGAAUACCCACAUUUCUUUCAGGCUAAUUUCCGUAUGGAGAUCUAAUUUGGGAUUAUUAUGAACCUGUGAUAAUCAUGUCUCACAUACAUUAUCCACAUUUAUUCCAUUAAGAAGAGACUUGGUGAUUACUUCCCAGUGGCCAAAGUUUCCAAAUAGAGAAAUCUAGUGCUAUGUGUGACUCUAUGCUCACGGUCUCAGAUCUUGCUCGCAAAGCUGACUGCUCUCGUAAAUUUACAAGGUGCAAUAAUUAAGGUAGUCAUGUGUGCAGAUGUUUUCUUAAAAAACUCUUGUGUCUUAGUUGAGAAUUAUAAAUAUCAGUCAUGUUUUGCUAAAUAUAUUUAUGUACAAAUGAAAUAUGAAUGAUGUAACAGUAUUUAAUUUUGUAAAUAUGUAAAAUAUAUGUAUGGUUUUACAUAAAUUGUUUAUGCAGUCCCAUCGAAAAAAAAUAUCAACAUGAUGAGAUUUGUUUGAAUCAAAUGAACAUAUAUGAGACACCAUAUGGAAUGACUGAUGAUGGUUUAUUUUUUAUUUUUUUUUAAAUGUUCUUAUUGAUAAUUAUAUUCUUUAUGUUUUAACUCUCUUAUAUCACAUAUGGCAUUCUUUUAUUUAAGUGCAUUGUAGAUAAUACAUUUGCAUAUCCAUUCCAAGUGGAAUCAAAAUUUAACAAGCAGCAUAUCAUUUCUUCUAUCUAAUGGUGCAUUUCAUCUUUUCAUUCCAUUGCUAAGUGUGAGGGUUGUGUUCAAUGAUUAAUUAAAGAUAAUCAUGAUGAUAACAAUGUGUUCAGCAUGGUGAAGCAAACCAUGUUCACACUAUUUUACCAUGAACAAAAUUUUAAACAUUUAUUGAGGAUUAAACAAGUUUAAUCUUGCUUUAUCAUAAAUGCAAGACUUUUAAGACCAAUGUUUGUUGGACAAAGUGAAUCUUGUGUGAUAAUGAAUCCUUUUGUCUUUUACUGUCAUGUGUCUCUGGCUAGGUAAAUAAUUAUGACUAUGCAAUAGUUAAUUUUUAUUGGUGAAUGUAUUAUGCUGACUGAAUGAUUUGGGAAAUGAAUUCCAAUUAAAAGAUUGUGUGGAUUAAAAAGUCACAAAUAUGAAAUGAAAAGUCAUUUUAAUUCUAUGUUGAUGAGUAAAUGAGAGGAAUGAGUUGAUCAGUUGUAGAUUUACCGCAAACAUUCAUCUUAUUUUACCCUCCAUUUUUGUGCUGUUGACUGUCUCGUGGCUUACCACACAGUAAACUCUGAAUUCUUAUGAAAGUUACUUUGAUUUUAAUUAAGUUCAACAAACUUGUAUAGUAUCAAAGCAUAUCCACUAGAUUAGAAUGACAUUGUAUGAUGAAGUUGUAUCAUUAGAUAGGUUUAUUUUUACAUUUUGUGUUAUUUUUUAUAGAAGCCAGUCAGAUGACCUUUAGACUUUGUUAACUGUUAGAGCUUUAUAUAAUGUCUAAGAUAGUUUUAUGAGAACUUUUAUUAAUAGAUUAUGAUAGAUUAUCUUGAAUGCAUUUAUGUGUACUGAUCAUGUUUUGAGUUGUGAAAAGCAAGAAUGUGUUUGAAUGUCUUGAGUUUUGAGAGAUUUUUUUUUCAUAUUUAAGUUAUCAAUUAAUGUUAACUAUUGAUUUACAGAUGUUCCAAUUUCUGAAAAAAGACAUUAAAAUGUGCAAAAGUCA